GUUAAGUGUGUUUAUAGCUACAUAAAAUAUUGAACAAUAUUUAUAACAACGUGCAACUGUUUAUAGAUGAGUAGCAGCGUCUUAUGCUAAACUUGGCAAAAGUAUGAAAUCUCAUAAGUUAAAGCUGGUAAACAAUACAUGAAAAUUUAAAUGCUUCAUCAUGCAAGAACCAGAAACUAUUGCGUUAGACUCUAAUCCAACAACGGCAAACACUGUAGAACUUGUUGAAACAAAUUUAAACUUAGUAAAUGAUGAAAACAAACCUAAAGUACAAGAACUGGAUAAGUUUAAGAGGAGACUCAUUAGAGCUAUUGCCAGACUUACGCACGUAGAGAAGAAACCUGAAGAGGAGAUUUGGUCGGAACUUAAGAAGGAGACAAAUUGUGAUUGUAAAUUACUGUGGAUGCGUAUGCGUACGCUAACAAUAAAGAAAUUAAAGCGACUCCUAGCAGCCAGUGACCGUAAUGAAAACAUCUCGAAGAUAGCACAACUCUCUGUGACUGAUUGGCUAUUGUUCGACCUCGUCCUGGUGCAUGAAGAUGUCGACGUUAUUGGACUGGACCUGCCAAGGGAAAAUGGCAAGGAUCUACCCAUUCUAGAUGAUUUAUUCCGACUCGUACUUAAACACAGAAUCGAAUAUCUCUCCGGGGACCCGUUGAUACUAGCGUGGCAUGAUUUAACUGUAGAAUAUAAUAGUCGUGGGCGUAAGUGUUCCCCAAUGUUACUACAGCGUCGUUGGUACCAAUUGAAGAAGCAGGUACGACACAAGUUCUACAGCUUUUGGUACGAAUAUCGAGGAGCGUGGAAGAAGUUACAACAAGCGGAGAAAUUUAAGCCUACGGAAUUGGAAACAGAAAUUGCAAAACAUUUCAUGUUCAUCAUUACGGAUCGAUUUAUACCAUGGGAACAAUUGAUUGAAGAACGGAAAGUUUACUUAUUUUCCGAUUUUGAACGUCUGCAACUAUUAAAGAAGAAAGACACAUCUGAAAAUGAACCAGAUAUUCUACUAAUAGAACCUAGAGUAGAAACAAUAGAUUUAAGAGUUGAAUCAGAUGAGGAUUCUAAAUGCUCAAAUGAUUCAGUAAGUGAAAAUAAAUACAAUGCCUAUUUUAAUAACGCGAUUGAAAAAAAUACUUCAAAAACGAAAACAUUCAUCAAAACUGAAACUAUUUACGAUAUAUGCGAUGAAGACGGAGUCAGUGCACUAGAAUCGGUGUAUAUACCACUAGAACCCAAUGUUAAUUUAGCAAUUAAUAAUAAAAAUAAAGAAAUAAUGUCAUCUAAUUUUGAACAAACAAAUGAAGCUCAUGAUGAAAUAAAAGACUCAAACAAGGCAAUCGAAUGUGUAGAUACAGAUUUAGAGAGCGAAGUAGAAGAAACGAGUUUUGAUACUGAUCAUAACCAUGUCAAAGAGUCUGGCCAUAAAGAUUCAAAUCAAAAUAUAGACUUCAAUCAGCAAAAAAAUGUUAUAGAAACACAAGCUGUUGUAAACAACGAAUUUGUAAUGCCAAAAAUAACAUGCAUUACAAGUAAUGCAGAUAUAAUUGAGAUCGAUUUAACUGAUGACACUCCUGCUGGGGUAGACAAUAUCGAAAAAAAGGAUUCCGGUGAAAUUUUACGUCACACACAUUAUAACACAGAAAUUGAUAGUACGCCCGUACAAGUUAAAGAUUCUAAGCAUAUCUCUGAAGAUAAAAAAGAAAUUGUAAUCGAAAGAAAAAUUGAAAAUAUGCCAAAUUUUUUUGAUCACGAAGUCACAAAUGAUGUUCUUUUGAUAGAUGGUAUUGAACUGGAAGAUGACGGAAUUGAAUACAUCGAAGACGAAGAUUUAACAGAACAUAAAAUAGUACCAAAAACAGAACUGGAUGAACAACAUGAACCAAAAUCUACUUUAACAGAAGAUGAUGAUACUCCGAAAAUAGAUCUUAAAUUAUUACUUACGCCGGUAGUGUAUACGAAAAAACUGGACGAAAUGAAUGUGUUUCGUUUUUUCGAAUAUACAAAUGUGAAAGACAAACGCGUAAUAGAAAUUGCUGAUUUUGAAAGUAAACCAGUAGAUAAAAAAUCUUUCAAAGUAAAUGAUAUUUGUGAUGAAAAAGGUUUGGACGUCGAUAAAUCAACUGAUACAGACGCAGACUGUUUUAAAGAAGAACAACAAUUAAUAAAAACUACUAGUUGGCUUUUUCGUAAGCCGAGAGUUAAAAACUAUAAUCCUAUACAAUUAUGUAAAAAUCCAGACUUCAACACGCGUUUAAAAAGAUUGUCACCAGGUUUUCUUAGCUCCCCACGUAAUAGACAGUUGCUCGCACAAUGUAAACCAUUAACUGUCGAUGUUCAUAAGUCAUUUGAAUCGAAACUAGUAAACGACUCUUUACUAUUGAAAAAAAGUUAUUUUUUGAAAGCGAAAGAAACUGAAAACGAAAUUGUAUCUGUGGAAAAAACUGUUAUACCAUCAGAGGUACCUGGUCAGAGAUUAGAGUGUAUCCAAGAUACUACAGAUGUCACUAGUAAUCCAUCAACAUCCACAAUUAGUCAAGGAAAUAAAUCUGUAGAUGGAGUCAAUGUUUCACCUGUAAUGUGCCCACCUGAAAGAAAAAAAGUUAUAAGUCUUCCCGACAUAGACCAGAUACGUCGUGCAAAUGAAAAAUUACUGAUAGCAGAGGUGACUCCGCUUCUGGCUUCAAACGUGACUAACAUACCUCCAGUCACAAUAGUUCAAGAGAAUAAAUCAAUGGAACAGAAUUCACAAGUUGAUAAGGAUAUCAAAAUAGAACCGGAACUAAAGGUUUUAGAUAAUGCAACGUGUACAACCGAUAUAACUGUUAAGGAUUCGCGUGAAACAGAAAAUGAAGAUAAGAGUGAGACUAAUAACGAGAGUAUGGAAAUCGUACCUAGUAAUAUGAACAUUGAAAAACUAAGUUAUUACCAAAAAAAGAAAUUAGGUGUUAAAGUACGAAAAGUCGCGUUGUCAUGGACUCCAAAGCUAAUGUCUACUACAGUAAAUAACUACCCAGAUGAUCGUCUUUUAGCACGUGACACUGUGGAAAGAAUUAUAAACGUCUGUAAUGGAAUAAAUAUGCCCUUGCAGAAAAAAUACUGCUAUGGUUACAAGAAAAAGUGUUCAGCUAAAAAGCCUUUAAUCAAACAAGCGGAUUCACUAAAAUGUCAAGAAUUGCAAACAACUAAUGAAGAAAAUAUGCCAGAAAAUCCCAAUGAGCAGCAAUCAGAGCAAAUAAAUGUUCAACUUUCAGAAUCAAAUAACGUAAUUAAUAAAAAUGAUCAUGUUAGUCAGACACAAGAAAAUGAUGGAAAUAAGAAAAAAAGGGUAAGAAAAAGAAAAAAACACAAUUAUUGUUGCUGGGCGCGUGCGAAGUUAGAUUAUUGGAAUAACAAACAAAGAAAACACUUUAGACUACCUCACGAGUGUCCUCAAUAUAAAUGUAUAUGCUGUUGUAAUUUUGAAUACUGUGAUGAAUUAAGAAGAAGGAAUAGGGGACAGUUUCUAAACAUUGCACCGUGUCUAAAUCUACUUUCUGACGAUGACAGUGAUCAUAACGUUGAUAAAAUAAACGAGAGUGUUAAUAAAUUACAAGUAAUCCAUCAUCAAAAAUUAAAGCAAACUCCAAACAUAGUCGAUAUUGGUACUAAUACAGAUUAUGAUGCAGAUUUUGAAAAAAGUUAUGCAGAAAAUUAUGCAGAAAAUUUGAAUAAUUUGAAUGAUUGUAUUUUAAGUCAGCCUAUUAUAUCUAGCGUUACUUCUUUAGCGAAAGCAGAGUGUAGUAGUAAUGCCACUCAGACAUACGAUUUUAGGGACGUGACCUGUGGACCUGAGCCACGAGUGACCUUACCUUCUACCACUGAUAUUCCGAAUAUGUCAGAAACAGCCGUACCAUUAAAUACCUCUAUUGAAGCUACUCAAUUAGAAGUACUUUUAAAUAAAGACACAUUUCAAAAAAUUCAACCAAAAUGUAAGACUAAAAUUUGUGCACCUUUAAUUGUCCCAAAAAUAUUACCUUUGGAUCAAAAUGUUUUGAAAGCCAGUAGUUUGGAAUUACCAAAUUAUAAUACGUCAGCAAUAAAAGUAACAUCACCAAAUAAAGGAACAGUUUUUAAUAAAAAAGUUACCAGCAAUAGAGCUCAGAAACCCAUUACUUUAGGUGAAAAUAAAAUAUUACUGUGCUCAGUCAAGCCAUUGAGUAUAACGAAUAUGGUUGAUGUUACACAUUUAGCUAAUAAUUUUACGCCAAAAAAUGCCAACUCUAUUAUAGAUCCUACAAAGCUUAUACCAAAAGGAGCACACUUAGUGUUAUUACCUAACCAAGAGUUGGUAGUCUCUGUUGAUCCUGGGACCGAAUUAGAUCCGACUAAAAUAACUCACCUACCCGCUAUUUUGGCUUCCGUCCAACAGCAGCUUUUCAGUGCAGGUAUUAUCAAUCAGUCACCAAACAGCGAAAAUCGUAAAACGAACGAUGUCGUUCAAUUAUCUGAUGAUAAAAAAGAAAGUGCAAAAGUGGACAGAUGUCAAGAUGAUUCAAAAAUAGAAAAUUUAAAAAUGUCUUCUGAAAUUGAAGUUAAAGAACACAUCAGCAAUUUUGAAGAACACAUUGCUUACAAUCAAAUAAUUAAAAUAAAUAGACCUGAACAACUUUCUGAAUUUCUGCAAAUUCACCCCAAACAUUCCGGUUUUUGUAAUGAAAUAAUUAAAACAAAUAAUUCGAAUCGUACAAGUGAAGAUAGAUUUUUAAAUGUAUUAAAUAGUGAAACCGUCUCUCCUUUCUUCCGAGAAACGGUUUCGGAUUUAGACACUAACAAUACGAAAACAAGUGAAAUUAAUGAAGUUACUAGGGAUUCAGAAACAGAUGCCAGCAGUGAAAAAGUUGCACCAGUAAACAGCAUAUCAAACGAACGUGAAAAUAAUGAAGUUAUGGAUGGCUCCAAAUUAGACCAGUUUACCAAAGAUGACUUAAAAGAAACUACAGCAAAAAAGACUAUAUUGUCAGACCUUAUGGAAAUGUCUGGCAUCUCUCUAGAAGAUACAGCUAAUAUUGAAACUCCUUUAAUACAACAACCCACUUUACAACCAGCUAUAAGGCCUCAAGAAUUUAUUACGGCGCGUUUAAGUCUACCUAGUGAGAUAAAGGGUGAUAGAGACAAUUCACUACUUAGUAAUAUCUACGUUCAAGCUGCGCUAGUAAAAUAUCCAGAUUUACACAUUGUAUAUUCCUUUGAAGAUUUGAGAUACGCUUAUGCAAACAAUGGUCAGUUUUAUAAAAUGGACACCGAAUCUGGUAUUAUUGCACCCAUUAAUGUAUGUAUUAAAAAACAAAUGUAUCAGAGGAAAUCAAAGGUCAGAACUAUGCAUAAAUCUGUAAUUGAUUUAACUGAAGACGAUAUAGAGGAUAGUAAACUGUCCACUUUAGAAUCGAAAUCAGAAGAAAAUAAAGAUACAAGCGAUGUAUCACAAAACAACGCGAAACCUAUAAAAUUGUUCAAAAAUAUUCACCCAUCAAUAUUAAAGAGAAACUUAAAAACUGUUAGUGAACAACCGAAAAGAUUUCGAACACCUAAUUUAAAAAGAAAAAAAGACAUUAAUUUAAUUAAUCAAGAUAAUAUUGAUGAAUCUAAAAGAACAAAAUAUGCUGAAAACGAAAAAACAAAUACUAAUUCAGAUUCCGAUGACGAACCCUUAUCACUUAAAGCCAAACGUAUUCGAACAAUUUUGGAAGAUCAAUCAAAGAAUGUAGAUGAAAAUGUUGGUGAAAAUAUAGAAAAUUAUCAAGAAAUGCAAAUAAUGCAGUCGAAUUAUGAAGAAGUUAAUUUUAAAACAUUCUCUGCCAAAGUUCCUACACAAAACCAGCCAGAAGAUAUUGAUUCAAAUCUUCGUGAGCAAAUAGUUUUCCAAUUUAACAACGAAGAAUCUUCUGAUGAAGACUGUAUUUUAGGUGUAUAAUCACUUCAGCCUAUCGCAGUCCUCAGACAUACUCUCUCCAUCAGACAUAGGCCUCUCCAAACACGCUCCAAAACCUUGAGAGAUUUUCGCAAGCCUCAUCCAACCGCCACCGGUCCAUCUUACGUAGUUUGUUGGUCCUCCGGGCCGAAGCACUUACCACACUGUGUUUGCAACUCCAGUUGUAUAAUAAAUAAGAUUAUUUUUCGAAAUGCUUAAAACAAUUUUUAUAAAGAUGUUACUAAUGUAAA